UGAUAAAUAAAUAAAUGAAUCAAUUAGCGCAGCUUUUCAAAAAGUCUUCGUUAGUUGUGCUCAGGUAUCGGUGAGAUCUGUUGAAGGCGUGUGGUUGUGUAUCCGGCUGGCAGUGCAUGGGGGGGCGGGAAACACAACGCGCCGGGGACACACUACAGCCGGAGAAACGUAGUGGAUAAAACGAAAGGCUGUCAGUAAUCCAUGCGCUCGCGGACACACUGAAGCAGCAGCAGCCUCACUGAUAGGUGCAGGAUCUGCAUGGAAGAUUGUAAUGACACAUGCACGGCAGAGGAACUCUUUAUGUCGAUAUCGAAGUGAAUCCAAGGAGCAGGUGAGCUGCCAGAUACAUGCUGAAACAAUGGGCAGAACCUGGCCAGAGUGCCCAGUGCUAGAAAAGAAGACUAAAAGGCAUUCCCAUAAAAGAGGAAGAGAUAAGGAAAUAAAGCAGCAAAGCGCAGAUAGUGACCGAAAGCUUUAUCCCCUCAGAGGACGGCAGGGAAUGAGUGACGUUGGUCCCCUAAACUGCUGUGUUCUACUGACUCGCUUAGAAGAAGGAGGAACUUCUAAGGGCAGCAUGAAAGCUGUGCCUAAGAACAAAGGGAAAAGAAAUAUGAAAGAAAAGAAGGGAAGGACCAAAUCUUGCAAGUGUCAAAAGAAGGGCUGCAAGGCAUGCCAGUCAACACCUGGACCAAAAAGCAAGCCCAAAUCUGUCAAAACUGCCUUAUCCAUGGACCUGCAAGAACCUCGAAAGCGACGAUUAGCCUCUCUCAAUGCGGAAGCAGUCAACAGCCUGUUGUUGUUCAGAGAGGACUCUCAAAUGUCCAAAAAACAGCAGAAUUCUCAAAAGGGUGAUGGUGAGCUCCCAAAAGGAGAAACUGACAGUUCAAGAAAAGGACCAGAAGGCCAAAAACGUGCGCACACAGGAGAACGAGAGGAGAGUACAAAUCCUAAGAAAAGCAAGAAAGCAAAGACAGAAUUCGAACAUCUGGACCAGCUGAACCUUAACAGUCCAACCCCAAGACGUCUAGCAGGUUUAAACGCGGCUGCUCUCCUGAAGCUAACCAGCACCUCAUCUGGAGCUAAGCGGCGAGCUAAACCGGACACCAAGCCAGGCAGUGGAGGAGGACGAACGAAACAGCUGCAGGGAAAAAUAAAAAAACAGCACAGCCCACCAUGCCUGAGCGAGACACCGGUACCUCAGCAGUGCUGCAACCUCUGUAAGAAGGAGGCUCUCAAGACUGACAGCUUGUGGGAAGGCACUUCUGGGGCGCAUGACUUUAUCCAACCUGGAUACCAAUGCAGGUCCAUGCUGAGCUACUCAUUAAAGCCUGUGAAAGAGGAGAAAACUGAGACUGAUGUAAAUUCAUGUUACUGCUGUUCCCAGGAGAGGUCUGUGGAAUACUGUCACCGAUUAGCCCUGUUCCUUGGGCAGAAGGCAUACCCUGAUUCAGAACAGCAUUCCCUGCCAUCCGUUAAAGGUUUCCUUAAUUCGCCUCACACCCUGACCCACCCAGCUCUGACACUAGGUGCUCAUUCUUACCCAUGCUACCCAGGUUACUAUGUCCACAUUUCCCACCAUGGGACAUCCUCGCUUCCUGUAAGUACAAGUCCAGGACCCCAUGCGCCACCUUCUGUACCUCCUAUUACACUGUGUCCCACUGGGGUCCAAAGACCCAAACUACUGCCCUCUCCAGUGUCUCACCCUUCAGGAAUUCCUCAUCCGGUGUACUGCAACUCUGUAGGGACGUGUUAUGGAGAACCGUGCAGGAUUAGCGGCUGUGCCUACAGACACACACAGCCCCUCGCUAACAGGGGCUGCUCAUUCAGUGCCGGAUGCUCCAGCUGCAGCCACAAAAUCAAGAUGGAGGACUUCCCCUAUCCACUGGACAAGCACAGCCCGUCUAUUUCCAUGCCCCCCACCUUGCCCUUGUCCGUCUGCCCCAUCCCCAGUGUGCCUGCUGCCACCCAGCCUAUGCCCCACCUGCAGACUCCUCUGCCGGACACUGGGCGUCCUCAGGUCCAGUUACAGUUAGGGCGAGAGUGUCCCCAGAGUGCCAAGCCACCCAGCAGCUCGCGCUCUGCGUUACGGGACACAGCUGUCUGCCCCCAUGUGAAGGAUGGCCAGCUGGGAGCGAGUCAUGGCAGUCCAGGCACAAAACAGCCCAAGAUCAGUCGGCGGCGGGCCACCAACGGCUGGCUGCCUGUGGGCACAGCAGCUGAAAAGGAGGUAUUCAUAGUGGGUGAGGAGUCGCCAGCACUACGCAGGUGCUAUGAAGGAGUGCAGAGAGAUGGAGAAGUGAUCAGGGUGCGAGACACUGUGCUGCUGCGUUCUGGCCCACGGAAGAAGUCUCUCCCCUAUGUGGCUAAAGUGUCUGCCUUCUGGGAGGACCCUGAGUCAGGGGAGCUGAUGAUGAGCCUGUUUUGGUACUACCGUCCAGAGCACACUCAGGGGGGCCGCAAUCCCAGCAUGCACUGUGAGAACGAGAUCUUUGCAUCCCGGCAUCAGGACGAGAACAGUGUCGCGUGCAUCGAGGAUAAGUGCUACGUCUUGACAUUAGCACAAUAUUGCAGAUUCUGUGCCUUGGUAAAGCGUCGCGAGGAGGGCCGUCCCAAAAGUGCCCCUGUGGUCCCUCCAGCUCGUAACUGCACCAUUCCAGCUCAUCGCAGCAUCCCCACUGACGUCGACCCCGACCUGGUGUUUGUCUGCCGCCAUGUUUACGACUUCCGCUACGGCCGCCUUCUGAAGAAUCUGCAGUAGCGCUAGUAGUAGGAACGUUUGCUAUCGUGGAGCCAUACACUGAAAACUAGAGUCCAUAAAGUGAAGACACAAUCAGUAUCCUGAUCAAAGGAAUUCCUAAACGGCCACUGGACUGUCGAAAGUUAGGCUGCUCUUUCCAGACUUUAUAAUUGUCCAAGUUGAAAUGAAUUUAGUUUGAUUUCGCAUGAUGCUAUUUUGAGCACAAGCUGGGACGGAUCUGAUGGCCAAUGUGUGAUCUGUAACUCCAUGAAACUGGUUUUAUAUAUAUAUAUAUAUAUAUAUAUAUAUAUAUAUAUAUUUGGCUUGUCAAUAGUUCUAUUUUAUACUUGCUGGAUUUGUGUGCGGAAGAAAAGCUAUCCAAUUUGUGGGUACAUUAGGGGCUACCCCAAAUUAUAAAUUAGACUGUAAAUGUGCCCAUAUUGGCUGUAGAUUUAUUUAUUUAUAGAUAUAUGGUGGAAAAUAUUUAUUUUUUAGAGCAAUUAAAAAAAUGAGUAGAGUACUUCCCCAAAUCGAAUCUUAACCAAACAUAUACCAAUUUGCCAUACCAUACAGGACCAUAGAUGUAUUCUGGUGGACAAAAUACCCCCAGAGCUUCUCAUCUAGACCGAGAUUUCUUGAAUGAACUCUCAUCCUAUUAUCGCGCGUGAGGACUUGCCUUACACAUUAGAAAGAGCGUGUUUCCGCCUCCCCUUUUCACAUCCUGCCUUCCCAGCAAACCAAAGCUUUCACUCGGCGCCGCAACAUACGACUGCCCCCCCCAAACCCCCUCAACACCCCCCACCCUCCCUCCGGCCAUAAUACGUUUGCACUAAUCUACCAUUUAGUGAAUCAGAGUUUGAUUCAGUCUGAAACUUUCACCUGCUACUGACUUUAAAUGGAGGAAAAAUACUGUGUAUUUGUUGUACGUGUAAAUACAGGACAGAGAGAAUUAAUGUCUCCGAUUCUACAAAAAAACGAGGGAGGUAAUCUGUUCCAUUUCCAAGCGUGUGAAUAGAAAAAGUUAUUGCCUUGCACACACAUUUCUGCUUUCAGUACGUGCCAUCGGUUUUCCCCAGCGUUACUUUUAGAUACGCUUGUUCCGUAUACAAGAUCGAUAUGAAAAAGCUAUUUCAUAUGGUCUGUUUUUCGUGCCUUUUAAUAGUAAUAGAUCGUCUGCUCUGAAAAGAAUCAACAGGAGGUUUGCGUCCUCCCAUUCCUGGCUCUUUUGCUUCCUUUACCCGGCUUGGUUUGUAUCAUGCAGCAGUUUGUGCUAAAACCGCCAUUCCUUACGAGUCUCAUUGCACUAUAGUGACCCUCACUCUCGCCUGCUGAGAUAGAAAAGAUAAAAAGGGGGAAAAAAUAUAUGACCUUCAGGUCAAUUCAGGAUGAAUAGAAAGGCCAGAAAAAUACAAGCUGCACCAUUAUCCAGGCAGCACUAUCACCUGGGUGCGUUGGACCACUGAACUGGAAUGAAUCCUUACUUUCUUUUUUCUUUUUUUUUCUUCCUCUUUUAUAUGAAGAGGAAAGCAUGUUGUGAGACUGUCAUUUUCUUCUACUGAAUCAAGUAAGUUACAAAAAUUUGACAAAGCGUGAUUUCCUGCUGUUAGGAAAAGGCUGCUAAGACUUUGUAAUCCGUUCACUUUGCUCAUUGUAGGUGACACAAACCGUUGCAGAGUACAUGGCAGCUGGAACUGAAAGUUUACCAGUUUUCCAAAAGACAUCCUUUUUUCUUUUACCUUCGGCCUUGAUGCAGUGAACAUGCUUAUACUCGUUACGCUUUCAUUCAUAAAACAAAUGCGCUUCAGUGCUAACGUUCACCAGGUUUCUCAUUACCUCCUCUUCCAUUCCUCUUACUAUUAAAAAAGAAACAAACCUGAGUGUAUAUCAGUCACACGUGUAUUGUUGUGAUAGCUAGAAAUGUGAUUUCUGUACUAGUUUAGUAUACAGAUGACUCCAGGCAGUGCAUAAGAUACCCAUGUUUGACAGUAUUGGCCAAAAUGUACAGCAUAUCACUUUCUUUCAGUUUUUUUUUUUUUCAUCUACCAUUUUCUUUAUAGUGGGAAACAGAAACUGGACAACAGAAGGUCUUGUUGUAGGUAGCACAACCGACACAUACUUUCGGUUUGGGUUGUAAGUUUAUAGUGCUAAGAGUUAGAGAUGAGUGGGUCAUUGAAUGAAGUCUUUGUUGUGUGUGUGUGUGUGUGUGUGUGUGUGUACAAUCCCCACAGUCGAUACAACCCAAAAUAUUGGUUCUGGUGUCUUGUUUUCAUAUGCAUUACAAAUCUAUUUUCAUGAUACACAGUGUUUUUUUUUAAAUGCAAUUUUUUUCCUUCUUUUACCGUUAGCUAAGAAAGUGCUGGUGUUCCUUUAAACAUUUAUGAAUAGAACAAAUGACUUUAAUAAGGUUAAAUAAGGUUAACAUAUCUAUAUAUGGCGAAUAUAAUAGCUUGGAAUGAUGGCAGAAAAUUACUCAAUGUGGGAACACUAGAGAUGAAUGAUGUACACAUGGUGCUGUUGUACACUCUUGACAUUUUGCUUUUCGCCGUUCAUGUAAUGACCAUGAAUCAAUACAGUCAUGACAUAAUGUCAAUGCAAGAAUCAUUUGGCUUAAAGUACAUCAAAGCACUGUUAUAUUGAUAAUGGUUUGACAGCAGUCGUGUCAUUAAAGCAUUCCAGUUUUUUACCCUCUAUAUUGGUACACGAAAGCAUUGUUUUGUUUAGUUUUGAAUAGAAACUGAUCAUUGUUUUUCAUUAUAAUAUUGCAGCAUUGUUAACAUUAUUUAAAAGUCUUACAUAGCAAGUACUGAGUAUUCUUUGCUCUUCCUUCAGCAUUGUGAAUUGUCCUUGCUUUAUUAAAAAAAAAAAAAAAAAAAAUUCUGGAUAAAAAAGUAGAAACUGUCGUGUUUCAAAAAGGGCCUAGAGGAAGUGGGAGGUUAAUUCUAAGAUGUACAAACUCACCAAGCGCUUUGCUCCUUUGGUGAUGUGAGUGUGUGGGUGUAUGUGUGUGUAUGUGUGUGUAUACAGAUACGUAUAUAUUUCAAUGCAGCAUGGAAGUACUGGGCAUUCUUGGAAAAUAGUCCUAGCACAGCGCAUUUGUAUUAUUUAAGAUAAAAAAAAUGUAUAAGAGGAAACUAUUUAAAUGGAAUAAAUAAUAUAUGAGUUUCA